AUGAACAUCAACCUCGACACCGCGAAGGACACCCUUUGCAAGAACAUCCUCAUCUACGGCUACUGCAAGUACGAGAACAAAGGAUGCGUUUUCAGCCAUAACACCAAGGCAGCUGCCGGAGCUGUGGGCGCUGGAGGCAGCCAGGGAGCUGCCAAUGGCAAUUCUGGUGGGUUUGAUGCUAAGCGUAAGUUCAACUUCAACACACCUUCGUUCCAGCCUAGCGUGCAAAACGUCACCAACAAGUUCGCUGCAUUGUCUCCACGAGUCAACGACAUCCCCGUGUUCGUGCCUGGAGGGUCGGCCCCGCCAUCUACAGGGUCUAGUGGCGUGGCAAACUCCUCGGGAUUGAGUGCUCCAACCUCUCGAGGCGCCGACUCGGCCGACCAGACAGAUGCUCCCGCCAAAAAGUUCAACGUUUCCACGCCGAUAUUCAUGCCCUCUAAUAUAUACGGGUCUGAAUUUCCAGCUGGUUCUGAGACGAAUAACUCCAUCGCUCCCCCUACAAGCAACGGUGGCAGCAACAACCCCUACUUCCCGGGCAACUCGAUGGUGCCUGGCGGCACCAUGACGCCAGGCGCCUCCGAGGUAUUCUACCAGCAGCAGGCAGCCACCUACCCCUUGCAAUAUCACCUAUACGCCCCAGCUCCACCUCCAAGACUCACAUUUCCAUUACCACCUCACGAAACUAAUGCGAACUUAAUGUUUAUUCCUAAUGAUUUAAGAGAAAGUCUCCAGAAGAAGAACGAAGCCACAUUGCAGACCAUCCCCAGAUCCAACUUGCCGGACCAUGUCAAUACAUACCAUUCGUUGGUCCCCAUAGAUAAAACAUAUGAGCCCAACUCCGAAGUCUGGGGUAUUCCCACUUCCCUAUACAAGGUGUUCUCAAACGUUGAUGGCAAUGCGUAUGCAAUUAGGAAAAUUGACCUCACAUUCCCGAUCAUCAACGAAUUGCCGUUUAGAACAAUAAGGAAAUGGAAAACCGUCAAAAAUUCCAACGUCGUUCAAGUACAAGAAGCAUUCACUACCAUGGCAUUUGGAGCAUCAAAGUUGAUCAUUGCGUAUGAUUAUUAUCCAAACUCCAACACCCUUGUCGAGCAUCACAGAAGAAUCGGAACCCGGACCGAACCCAUCACUGAAGACAUCAUGUGGAACUAUACCAUCCAAUUGGUCAAUGCUUUGGUGGCUAUCCACGAAAAGGGUUUGGCGGCCAGGUCGUCAUUAUCCUUGUCCAAGAUCAUUGUAACAAAUAAGAACCGUGUAAGAUUAUCCAGUUGUGGAAUCAGUGAUAUCAUCGAUUUCGAAAAGGACGAAGAAGAAAUUGGGCGUUUGGGAGGACAGGGAUUCAUCAACAAAUUACAAAGAGAAGAUGUGCACCGCCUAGGACGGGUUUUGAUGGAGUUGAGUGCAAUGACCAUAUCGCCAAACUUAAGAAACACCGACAAGCUGAGCUUGCUCGGAUUGUUACGAACUGCCUCCACCUUGAACUUCAGCAGUGAGUACAUCGAGAUGUUGACCAAGUUGAACGAGGAUUCCGAACAUUUCGAUUUGGUUCAAUUCCGCCAAAUAUACUUGAGCUCGCGUGCGUUCAAGCUUUUGAAUGAAUUGCAGAAUUCCAAUGACUAUAUUGAAUCACAACUAGGAAGCGAGCUUGAGAACGCUCGCUUGUUCCGGUUAAUGGCCAAAUUGAAUUUCAUCAUUGAUAGACCCCAAGCCAAGGACUGGAACGAGAACGGCAACAAAUACGUUCUCAAGCUCUUCAGAGACUAUGUUUUCUUCCAGUACGAUGAGUUUGGCAAGCCUAUAACCGACUUAUCGCGGGUUUUGGUGAGCUUAAACAAGUUGGACGCCGGUAUAGACGAAAAGAUCUUGUUGGUUAGCAGAGAUGAAAAGAGCUGCAUUAUGGUGAGUUAUAAGGAAGUGCGGGACAUGGUGGACUCGAUAUUUAGGACUCUUACGAGGGAUAGAUAG